UGUAUUCUACGUUCUGAACACGUUGGAGGAGUCAGGAAGUUUAGUAACGAUACAUACAUUUGUGGGAACCUUUGACACUGCGUUGUUUUGGUAUUUAAAACAAAAAUGCCGUCUCUAAAUGGGAAACCGGACGUCCUGUUUGUAAGUUAUUUCAUGAAUAUUGAUAUUUUGUUGUAGAAUUGUUCUCAGCAUGUUGUAAUAUUUCCGCGGCCUCCUCGGCUGUGUCGAUUUGAAUUCCCGACAAUCCAUAUCUAUCUGACAACAUAUCUAGAUGAUCGUUCCUUGAGAUACUGUACAGGCUACUGUGUGUGAAUUUACAGCCUCUCGUAGCCCUUUCUAUCCUUCGAACAAUGUUGCACUAGUUCUGAGAAUAGUGUAACGUUUUUCGAAGGAGAGAAAAGUGUGUAAGGUUGUUCGAAGGAGAGGAGGCUACUGUUAGGCCUCCUGUUGACCGUUUGCUGUGUUGGUGGUGGGCUUUUUCAGGAGGAAGAUGACCUGCCUUAUGAGGAGGAGAUCAUCAGGAAUCCGUACUCGGUCAAGUGCUGGAUGCGCUACAUCGAAUUCAAACAGAACGGCGCCAAGUCCAUCCUCAACAUGAUCUAUGAACGAGCUCUGAAAGAGCUACCUGGCAGGUAGAAGCAACGUUUCUACAUCUAGCUAGAUGCAGUGUUUCCCAAUCAUGGUCCUGGGGAACCAAAGGGGUGCCGUGCAUAGUUUUGUUUUUGCCCAAAAAUACACCCCCCUGGGUCCCCAGGGCCAGGAUAGGAAAACACUGCUAAAGGUUCAUGGAAAAUACUGUAGUGUCCCAGACACAUUUUUUUGGUCUGGGACAGGAACGUGUUCACAGACAGUUACUGUUGCACAUAUAGGGCCGGUGGAAGACUCCUCUCUAGUCUCUAACAUGUAGGCUCACUUUUUGUGAACAGUCCCAUCACAAGUCAGACUGUUGAAUAAACUUCAUUUGAACGUACUUUACCUGUUGUCUGCUGAUUUUGUCCUAGUGUAGAAGGUAAUCUGAGACAAAAUAUCCACAGAGGAGUGUUAUUAACCCGACUUUCAGUAUGCUGGUCUGUAUGUCGGUUUGUAUUUUCAAUGCUGACACAAUUUGCACAAGACUUACACAAUAUGUCAACAAUGGCCGAGUUUAACCGACGCACAGACCAAACGUUGUCCCACGCAAACAGCUGGCAAAUUUCAAAAGCGCUUCCAGCUGAUUGCGAGGGAAUGCGCUUUGGUCGACAACAUUCGGUUACAUUCGGCUAUUGUUGACAUAUUGUGAGUCGUGAAAUGCGUAGAGAUGGAAAAUACAAGCACCAAAACCUACCGGCGCCGCAAAAAGUCAGGUAAACAACACUUUCCUGUGGUUACCCGAUCUCCACUUCCUACCGCCAAAAUAACCAACAGCAUGGACGACCAGUAAAGUAUCUUUAAAUAUCAUUGUAUUCAACAUUUCAGACUGAUAUCCAUGGAGCAACCAUGGUAACAGUCUGAUGUUUAGACAAAUCUUAAACCUAGUCCUGGACUAAAAACCUUUGUCAAUCAGUCUCUGGGAAACCGGCCCAUAAUCUAGGCUUAUUUGAAAACCGUAGACUGGUUGUUAUUGAAUAGCAUACCAGUGUCUGGGCUAGGUUUUUAGGCAAUGCUAAAUGUCAUGACUGUGUGUUCACGGAUUGUUCAUACGUGACCUUGCAGUUACAAGUUAUGGUACAACUAUCUGAGAGAGAGACGGAAACAGGUCAAAGGGAAGUGCAUCACGGAGCCAGCCUACGAGGAGAUCAACAACUGCCAUGAAAGAGCACUGGUUUUCAUGCACAAGGUAGGCUAAUACUUAUUAACCUACAUUUCCUGUUGUCCGUCCAUCCCCUAUUAAGAUAAAAUACUCCCACAAACUCUGGGGAAUAUCAUUGCCACUGGGUACCACUGUUAAGAGACAGACUAUCACAGAGUGCAUUUAUGUGUGAGAGUAUUUUCACUUGGAAGUAGAUUUUGUGGUCUGAGAUUGUAGGAACAGUAUCCCACAUAACUUGUUCUUCCCCUGGCUGUCCUAGAUGCCGAGGAUAUGGCUGGACUACUGCCAGUUCCUGGUGUCUCAAUGUAAGAUCACCAGGAGCAGACGCACGUUUGACCGAGCACUCCGAGCCCUGCCCGUCACUCAGCACCCUCGCAUCUGGCCCCUGUACCUCCGCUUUGCCCGGAACCUGCCCCUGCCUGAGACCGCCAUCCGUGUCUAUCGCAGGUACCUCAAGGUAAGGGGACAUUUUGAGAAGAUUUGCUCCUCUGUGAUUGAGCUACUUCCAAAGCUGAAGCCACUGAAGCCUCUCUUUAUGGAAGAUGGUCACAGGAUAAAAAAAAUAAAUGAAACAAAUCAGAAUUCAGAUUAAUAAACACUUUAUUUAUUUUCAACAAUGGUGAUAAGAAUGUCUUUGGUAUGAGAUUAUAACAACAACACAUCCCAUCAGAAACCUACAAGAUAUCACUUAACAUAGAAGGUAGGCCUGAAUUAGAUGACAGUGCUACCAAUAAAUGUGUGAAACUGGAUACUGCUGUGAAAGUAGGCUAUAUGCCGCUCACACGUGUGCAUUGGCCCUUAGGCGUAUGUAGACCUGAUCUCCCACCUCCAGCUGUAGACUGACUGCAUUACCCCUGUUAUCUGCUGUAUCAGUACUAGACUUGUGAUCAGAUGUGAUAGCCAUACACUCUCCAUUCUUGAAUAGGGAUGUGUGGGAGGCUUCAGAUCCUCCAGCAUGAAAGAAGAAGCUGAAGUAGUAGACCCUUCUUACAGGGGCUGUAAACACUCCAUAGGCUCUGCCAAUGUUAGUGAUGACCUUGCUGUAGGUCAGGGGAGUUUCUUGGCUGAAGGGCCCUAUUUUUCCAGUCUCUCCCAGGACAGUGGAGAAGAGCACCUUUAUCUUCUCUUUAUUUCUCCGUUCCUCAAGCUGGCUCACACUGACUUUUAGCUUGGUUUCCAUGGCUCCUAGUUUUUCCACCGUGGUUUGCAGUUUUUUCCACCGUGGUUUGCAGUUUUUCCACAGUGGUUUGCAGUUUCUCCUCCACGACUCCGAAUUCUGUAAUCAGGGUCGACAUGUAGCAGGAGUUCUGUAGUUCUGUAGCACAUGCCACCUCAUGUUCAGUCAUGGGGGUGUCCUGCUGUGCCACAGACAGACAGCCGCACAGGGACACCAGCAGAAAUGCACUAUUCUUCAUUCUUCACCUGGGUUCUGAUACCUCUCUGAGUAACCUGGAUUGGUUCUGAGUAGGCCUAACCUGUUUUGAUUCCAGAGUUUUCUCCGCUUAUUUUUAUACAGCCAGGUUUGACACGAUCCAGUUCACUGGAAGUUAGUCCUUGUAUUGUUGGUUUUAUAGUUAUUUAUUCAACCGUAUAGUCCAUAAGUCAGACCCAUCUGGGGCCACAAUGUCUCAGUGAUUUUGUACCUAGAGUGGGCUGUUCUGGCUUGGACAAAGCUUACUUACUGGCAGUGUCCUUAGAUUUGCAUAAUGUGGGAUAUUGUGCAGCAAUGGUAGCUUUGUGUGUGCUAUCUACAAAUCAUAUAUCAUUAGAAAUCUGAAACAUUUUUGGAAAAUGUGGGUCAAGAGACCUCUGACCUCUAGGGUUCAUAUUAGAAUGACCUGUAUACAUUACCCUGAUAACCCUAGAGAUGUAUUUAGUCCUUGUAAUUAUUUGAAGGACACGGACAGUACAAUAUACAUGCGUUCAAUACAUUUUCUCUCUGCUUAAUACGUUUUCUAGUCUUCUACACAAGCAGCAGUGUGGUAUUCCAGAAUUAUUACAUACAUGGUUGAUUAAGAAAGCUACAUUUAUAUAUUGGUUGUCAAGUACAUUUUACCGUGCCAAAAGUCUAUAUUUCUCAAAAUGAUGACGUUAUUUCUGGAACAGUCCCCUUGGUUUUGACUCUCUCCCCCUCUUUCUCUGCAGCUGUCCCCAGAGAAUGCAGAGGAGUACAUAGAUUACCUGCAUUCCUGCGGUAAGCUGGAUGAAGCUGCAGUGCGUCUGGCAGCCGUUGUCAACGAUGAGAGUUUUGUGUCCAAGGAGGGCAAGUCUAACUACCAGGUAAGGCCACGUCUGGCUCAUCCUCCUUAUCCCCAUGUUGUAGUGUGGUUGAUAUCUAACGUUAUCCCCAUGUUGUUGUGUGGUUGAUAUCUAACGUUAUCCCCAUGUUGUUGUGUGGUUGAUAUCUAACGUUAUCCCCAUGUUGUAGUGUGGUUGAUAUCUAACGUUAUCCCCAUGUUGUAGUGUGGUUGAUAUCUAACGUUAUCCCCAUGUUGUAGUGUGGUUGAUAUCUAACGUUAUCCCCAUGUUGUAGUGUGGUUGAUAUCUAACGUUAUCCCCAUGUUGUAGUGUGGUUGAUAUCUAACGUUAUCCCCAUGUUGUUGUGUGGUUGAUAUCUAACGUUAUCCCCAUGUUGUGUGUGGUUGAUAUCUAACGUUAUCCCCAUGUUGUGUGGUUGAUAUCUAACGUUAUCCCCAUGUUGUAGUGUGGUUGAUAUCUAACGUUAUCCCCAUGUUGUUGUGUGGUUGAUAUCUAACGUUAUCCCCAUGUUGUAGUGUGGUUGAUAUCUAACGUUAUCCCCAUGUUGUAUGGUUAAUAUCUAACAGCUAUGGCACGAGCUGUGUGACCUGAUCUCUCAGAACCCAGACAAGGUGAACUCUCUGAAUGUUGGGGCCAUCAUCCGUGGAGGCCUCACUCGCUUCACAGACCAGCUGGGCAAACUCUGGUGCUCCCUGGCUGACUACUACAUCCGCAGUGGACAUUUUGAAAAGGUACUGGUCUGGAUUGAUGCGUCCCAAAUGGCACCCUAUUCUCUUUGUAGUGCACUACUUUUGACCAGAGCCCUAUAGACAAUGUGGUCUUUAUAGUCCACUUUUGACUUUGUCGUCAUGCAUCAGGGUCAUUAGAAGUGAUGGAGGAUUAUAGGGUAACUCACCACCAUAACGUUGUCAUAAUAUAUAUUUGACAAGUUUUGACUAGCUAUCAUGCAUGUUAUGAAACUUUACGACGUUGUUAUGUAGUUCAAGUAAAGUGUUACCAAAUAUAUUCAGCGUUUUUGGGAUGCACACACACACAGACUAAUUUGAGUGCUUGUGUGUUGUGGCCCACCAGGCUCGUGAUGUGUAUGAGGAGGCCAUCUUGACGGUGGUGACGGUGAGAGAUUUCACCCAGGUGUUCGACAGCUACGCCCAGUUUGAGGAGAGCAUGAUCGCUGCCAAGAUGGAGACUACCUCCGAGCUGGGGAAAGAUGAAGAAGGUGGGUGCAUCUCAAUAGUCUAAAGGUCUCACUCUCCUCGUCUCCUGCUCGGAUCUCAAAUAACUGUAUUAAGGGAAAUCGAUUCCUGGCCUAGGCAUCCAUGUUACUGUUUUCCCAAUCCUGGCUGCGACUGAGUAAAAAAUCUAACUAAAUCAAAUGUUAUUCGUCACAUACACAGUUUACAGCCGGUAUAAAAGGUGCAGCGAAAUGCUUGUGCGCUAGUUCCUUCAACAUAACACAACAUGAAUGUAACUGAAGGAAAGUAGUCUAGGGAAGCAAGCCCUUUUAGAGUAUUGAGAUGCACCCAGUGUGUCACAGCCGUAAGUGAAUGCUUUGCCGUCAUGCUCAACUUGUUUUCCCUCUCAGAGGACAUAGACCUGGAGCUGCGUCUGGCCCGCUUUGAGCAGCUGAUCGCCCGCAGGCCCCUCCUGCUGAACAGUGUGCUGCUGAGACAGAACCCCCACAACGUCCACGAGUGGCAUAAGAGGGUCAAACUGUACGAGGGGAAACCACGACAGGUAGCAGAAGACACCAGAAGUGGGCAUGUAGUAGGAGUGCUGAUCCAGGAUCAAUUUCACCUUUUAGAUCCUAGAUCAGCACUCCUACUCUGAGACCCUUUGUGGAUACAGGCCCUGAGCUCUUAGCCCAAGUCUGACUCUGUGCCAUCUUUCUGGCUCGGUCUCUAAUACCCAUUUUAUACUACUGAACCAAGGUGUACUGCGCUGGCCUGGUUCCGCAUCCACUGUUGUAGCUGGAACCGUGAUGUGAAAUGAAAAUAUCCGAGCCAGCGCAGUACGGUUCAGGCCGGCAUGAUAAUGUGAAAGGGUUUGAGAAAGAAUCCUGGGAAAACAUUUCUUUACCGAGCUAGUUUACAUCUGUAUUAUUGGUAGAGAGUAGUGAUUUAAUACAUGUUUACAGAUUUCACAUUUAACAUUGUUUCUUAGUCUUUCUAGCCGGCAAUAGGUACCUUGCAUGCUCUUCCUCACAUACAUGUACAGUGUAUAGAAUGUGUGUCGUAACCUCUCUUUCAGAUCAUCAACACCUACACAGAGGCAGUUCAGACUGUGGACCCUAUGAAGGCUACUGGGAAACCCAGCUCUCUCUGGGUCUCCUUCGCCAAGUUCUACGAGGAGAACGAGCAGCUAGACGACGUGAGUCUCAAACUAAGAUUCCCCCAUCACGUCUCAAACUAAGGUUUCCCCCAUCACGUCUCAAACUAAGCUUUCCCCCAUCACGUCUCAAACUAAGGUUUCCCCCAUCACGGCUCAAACUAAGGUUCCCCCUCACGUCUCAAACUAAGGUUUCCCCAUCACGUCUCAAACUAAGGUUCCCCCAUCACGUCUCAAACUAAGGUUUCCCCAUCAUGUCUCAAACUAAGGUUUCCCCAUCACGUCUCAAAACUAAGGUUCCCCAUCACGUCUCAAAACUAAGGUUCCCCCAUCACGUCUCAAACUAAGGUUCCCCCAUCACGUCUCAAACUAAGGUUCCCCCAUCACGUCUCAAACUAAGGUUCCCCCAUCACGUCUCAAACUAAGGUUCCCCCAUCACGUCUCAAACUAAGGUUCCCCCAUCACGUCUCAAACUAAGGUUCCCCCAUCACGUCUCAAACUAAGGUUCCCCCAUCACGUCUCAAACUAAGGUUCCCCCAUCACGUCUCAAACUAAGGUUCCCCCCAUCACGUCUCAAACUAAGGUUCCCCCCAUCACGUCUCAAACUAAGGUUCCCCCAUCACGUCUCAAACUAAGGUUCCCCCAUCACGUCUCAAACUAAGGUUUCCCCAUCACGUCUCAAACUAAGGUUUCCCCAUCACGUCUCAAACUAAGGUUUCCCCAUCACGUCUCAAACUAAGGUUUCCCCAUCACGUCCUCAAACUAAGGUUUCCCCAUCACGUCUCAAACUAAGGUUCCCCAUCACGUCUCAAACUAAGGUUUCCCCAUCACGUCUCAAACUAAGGUUCCCCCAUCACACGUGGGUUGAAAUCGUAUUUUAAAUCUUUCAAAUACUUUGUUCAUUUGAGCCUGCCUGGAGUGUCAGAUGGGUAGAAUUGGCUCUUUUGGGAUUAUUCCAUUGGUUUCAUUGCAAGCUCGCCAAGCAAGCUCAAAUCAAGCGCAGUAAAUGAUUUACCCAGGUCUUCUCCCUACUUAGUGUAACAACAACAUAGAUUUACUCCUUAAACCCAAGAAGUUAAGUUAGAUAUUUAUUUUUGUAAUGUUCUUUCUCUUUUUCCACUUUUCCCCACCAUCAGGCGCGGACCAUCUUUGAGAAGGCCACCAAGGUGAACUACAAGCAGGUUGACGACCUGGCUGGCGUGUGGUGUGAAUACGGAGAGAUGGAGCUACGCCAUGAGAACUACGAACAGGCGCUACGUAUACUGCGGGUGAGAAGGAGACACGGGCACAACAAAUACUGACCCACUAUCUGCCACACACUCCAAAGACACUUACAUCUUUGACUUUUCUGUCAUCCUGAAUGAUUUUUAAUGCGUUAACAACUGCUACACAUUUCUGUGUGGGCGGCUGACCUGUACUUGCGUUUUUAAUGUAUCUAUUUAAUAACUUCAAUCAAUCAAUGAAUACCCUCAUCUAAUCUCAAAUUCUGUGAUGCAGAGUGCUCUUCUCAGGGUUUCAAAUAUUCUGUCUAUAGAUGCUAAUUAUUUAUGUAUUUUUAUUUUACCCUUAUUUUACCAGUUAGGUUGACUGAACACAUUCUCAUUUACAGCAACGAUCUGGGGAAUAGUUACGGGGGGAUUAAAAAAUACUGGAUGCAUGUCUGUGUAAAUAUCCCUUGACUUUCUCUCUUUCCAAAUGUGUAGAAAGCAACUGCCAUCCCGUCCAAAAAGGCUGAGUACUUUGACGUGUCAGAGCCAGUGCAGAACAGAGUGUACAAGUCUCUGAAGGUCUGGUCCAUGUUGGCUGACCUGGAGGAGAGUAUGGGAACCUUCCAGGUACUUUCUUCGUGUUUCCCUCUACUGUGUCUGUCUUUGUUGUGUUGCACUGAUUUAGAAAGGAAAAUGAAGGUAGCUUUGAUGCAACACAUCAGGUAGCCCAAAUCAGAUCUUUUGCCCCAUUAUUGGCAAAAGAUCUGAUCUUAUUGGUCAAAAUAUUAGAAUUGGGCUGACUGUGUAUACGCAGCCUAAUAAUAGUCAACCAACAUUUGGGCAGCAAGCAGCCUUCAUCAUGGUUUCUGAGUUGGAAUGAUUAACAUUGGUUAGGUUUAUAUGGUUGGUGUAUUCCAUGAGCUCUUCUUCUUCUCUCAGAUGAAAUCUUGUUAGAAUAGGAGAAACUGAAAAUGCGUUUUGUGCAUAGUGAUUACCUAGUUUAAGGGACCAAACAAUGAAACAACCAAAACAUGUAACAACAACGACCAUACGAUGUAACUAACGACCCUACCUUUUGUCUUGGUCGUUUUUUCCCCGUCAGUCCACCAAGGCGGUGUACGACCGCAUCAUUGACCUGCGCAUUGCCACGCCCCAGAUAAUUAUCAACUACGCCAUGUUCCUGGAGGAGCACAACUACUUUGAGGAGAGUUUCAAGGUGACACCACCCACUUGCCCUGCUGAACAUAUCUCACUAGCCUGGUCCCAGUUCUGUUGUGCUGUCUUGACAACUCUUAUGGUCAUUGUCACGAUGCCUGAACUGGGACCAGUCUUAACAUUUCACAGCCUAGCAUAACAACAGUAACUCAUACUGCAUUCAAACUGUUACUUUACAACUGGGUCAUGUUCGGGGCCGAGUGCCCUACUGAACACGACCCUGACCAUGCCUUCACCCUUAAAACUACAGCAUUUUGAUCAGUUGUAAAUCCCUGUUGCUGACGGUCUCCAUGCGCUCUCUGCAGGCGUACGAGCGUGGCAUCGCCCUCUUCAGGUGGCCCAACGUCUAUGACAUCUGGAACACGUACCUUACCAAGUUCAUCGACCGCUACGGGGGCACGAAGCUGGAGAGGGCCCGGGACCUGUUUGAGCAGGCGCUGGACGGCUGUCCAGCCAAGUUCGCCAAGAGUAAGGGACAUUGUUGUCUACGUGACUUCUGUAUUUCUUAUGCAUGUUUGUUACGUUUUGCAUGUCUGUCUAAGCUGACAUGCUGUACGAUGCAAAAAUAAUUUUCAGACGGAUACAAUAAAGUAAUCGUCAUCAUGGUUGCUUUGUAGCCACUGAGAAGCACCAAGGAAGAUACUAUCCUUUUCACACUACCAAGCCAAACUGGACUGUAUUGUGCUGGCCUGGUUACCCAUCCACCGUGCUGGGAAGGACAGAUGUUAAAAGACCAUGACCGAGCUCAGUACGGUUCAGGUUGGCAUUAUAGUAUGAAAAGGGUGUUCAAGGAUCUUUCAGCCUCAGUUAGUUUUUAUAAUCAGUUUGCUGCUGGUAUCUAUUUGUAAUAAGGGCCUCUUAUUGAUGUGGUACUAUCCCCCCCAGCUACAGGAAUGACGAGCGAUACGUGAACUAUUUUCUGUUGUGAUUGACAGCCAUCUACCUGCUGUACGCCAAACUGGAGGAGGAGUUUGGGUUGGCGCGUCACGCAAUGGCGGUGUACGAGAGAGCCACGCAGGCGGUGGACAAAACGGAGAGGCAUCACAUGUUCAACAUCUACAUCAAGAGGGCUGCAGAGAUCUACGGAGUUACCUACACCAGAGCUAUCUACCAGAAAGCCAUCGAGGUAAGAGGCUCAUAUUGAGAUGCACCUGUGUGUGGAUGUGUGCAUCUCAAUAGUCUAAAUCAGGGGCCCGCGAGGGGCGUCCAAUCCGGUCCGCGGGUGGUUUGAGUAAAAAAACUAAAAUAUAUAUACAGUGCCUUCGGAAAGUAUUCAGACCCUUGACUUUUUCCACAUUUUGUUACGUUACAGCCUUAUUCUUAAAUGGAUUAAAUUGUUUUUUCCCCCUCAAUCUACACACAAUACCCCAUAAUGACAAAGCAUAAACCGGUUUUUAUCAAUCUUUGCACAUAAAAAAAGAGAAGACAAAAAACGGAAUCACAUUUACAUAAGUAUUCAGACCCUUUACUCAGUACUUUGUUGAAGCACCUUUGGCAGCGAUUACAGCCUAGUCCUCUUGGGUAUGACGCUACAAGCUUGGCACACCUGUAUUUGGGGAGUUUCUCCCAUUCUUCUCUGCAGAUCCUCUCAAGCUCUGUCAGGUUGGAUGAGGAGCGUUGCUGCACAGCUAUUUUCAGGUCUUUCAAGAGAUGGUCGAAUGGGUUCGGGCUCUGGCUGGGCCACUCAAGGACAUUCAGAGACUUGUCCCAAAGCAACUCCUGCGUUGUCUUGGCUGUGUGCUUAGGGUCGUUGUCCUGUUGGAAGGUGAACCUUCGCCCCAGUCAAGGAUCUCUCUGUACUUUGCUCCGUUCAUCUUUCCCUCGAUCCUGACUAGUCUCCCAGUCCCUGCCACUGAAAAACACUCCCACAGCAUGAUGCUGCCUCCACCAUGCUUCACCGUAGGGAAGGUGCCAGGUUUCCUCCAGAUGUGACGCUUGGCAUUCAGGCCAAAGACUUGAAUCUUGGUUUCAUCAGACCAGAGAAUCUUGGUCUGAUGGUCUGAGAGUCUUUAGGUGCCUUUUGGCAAACUCCAAGCGGGCUGUCAUGUGCCUUUUACUGUGGAGUGUCUUCUGUCUGGUCACUCUACCAUAAUGGCCUGAUAGGUGGAGUGCUGCAGAGAUGGUUGUCCUUCUGGAAAGUUCUCCCAUCUCCACAGAGGAACUCUAGAGCUCUGUCAGAGUGACCAUCGGGUUCUUGAUCACCUCCCUGACCAAGGCCCUUCUCCCCCGAUUGCUCAGUUUGGCCUGGCAGCCAGCUCUAGGAAGAUCCUUGGUGGCUCCAAACUUCUUCCAUUUAAGAAUGAUGGGGUCCACUGUGUUCUUGGGGACCUUCAAUGCUACAUAAAUGUUUUGGUACCCUUCCCCAGACCUGUGCCUCGACACAAUCCUGUCUCGGAACUCUACGGAUAAUUCCUUCGACCUCAUGGCUUGGUUUUUGCUCUGACAUGCAUUGUCAACUGUGGGACCUUAUAUAGAUAGGUGUGUGCCUUUCCAAAUAAUUUCCAUUCAAUUGAAUUUACCACAGGUGGACCUCAAUCAAGUUGUAGAAACAUCUCAAGGAUGAUCAAUUGAAACAGGAUGCACCUGAGCUCAAUUUCAAGUCUCAUAGCAAGGGGUCUGAAUAGUUAUGUAAAUAAGGUAUUUCUGUUUUUAUUUGUCAUAAUUUAGCAAACAUUUUAAAAAUCGGUUUUCGCUUUGUCAUUAUGGGGUAUUGUGUGUAGAUUACUGAGAAUUUUUCAAACAUUUAAUCCAUUUUAGAAUAAGGCUGUAACGUAGCAAAAUGUGGAAAAGGUCAAGGGGCUUGAAUACUUUCCGAAGGCACUGCAUAUAUAUAUAUAUAUAUAUAUUACUUGGAAAUGUCCUUGUUUUCAAAAGAAAAGUAAUUUUUUCAUCCAUUAAAAUAACAUCAAAUUGAUCAGAAAUACAGUGUGGACAUUGUUAAUGUUGUAAAUGGCUAUUGUAGCUGGAAACGGCUGAUUUGUAAUUGAAUAUCUACCUAGGCGUACAGAGGCCCAUUAUCAGCAACCAUCAGUCCUGUGUUCCAAUGGUACGUUGUGUUUGAUAAUCCAAGUUUAUCAUUUUAAAAGGCUAAUUGAUCAUUAGAAAGCCCUUUUGCAAUUAUGUUAGCACAGCUGAAAACUGUUGUGCUGAUUAAAGAAGCAAUAAAACUGGCCUUCUUGAGACUAGUUGAGUAUCUGGAGCAUCAGCAAUUGUGGGUUCGAUUUACAGGCUCAAAAUGGCCAGAAACAAAUAACUUUCUUCUCAAACUCGUCAGUCUAUUCUUGUUCUGAGAAAUUAAGGCUAUUCCAUGCGAGAAAUUGCCAAGGAACUGAAGAUCUCAUACAACGCUGUGUAAUACUCCCUUCACAGAACAGCACAAACUGGCUCUAACCAGAAUAGAAAGAGGAGUGGGAGGCCCCGGUGCACAACUGAGCAAGAGGACAAAUACAUUAGUGUCUAGUUUGAGAAACAGACGCCUCACUGGUCCUCAACUGCCAGCUUCAUUAAAUAGUACCCGCAAAACACCAGUCUCAACGUCAACAGUGAAGAUGCGACUCCGGGAUGCUGACCUUCUAGGCAGAGUUGCAAAGAAAAAGCCAUAUCUCAGACUGGCCAAUAAAAAAGAAAAUAUUAAGAUGGGCAAAAGAACACAGACACUGGACAGAGGAAGAUUGGAAAAAAGUGUUAUGGACAGACGAAUCGAAGUUUGAGGUGUUCGGAUCACAAAGAAGAACAUUUGUGAGACGCAGACCAAAUGAAAUGAUGCUGGAGGAGUGCUUGAUGCCAUCUGUCAAGCAUGGUGGAGGCAAUGUGAUGGUCUGGGGGUGCUUUGGUGGUGGUAAAGUGGGACAUUUGUACAGGGUAAAAGUGAUCUUGAAGAAGGAAGGAUAUCACUCCAUUCUGCAAUGCCAUGCCAUACCCUGUGGACGGCGCUUGAUUGGAGCCAAUUUCUUCCUACAACAGGACAGUGACCCAAAGCACAGCUCCGAACUAUUUAGGGAAGAAGCAGUCAGCUGGUAUUCUGUCUAUAAUGGAGUGAGCAGCACAGUCACCGGAUCUCAAACCUAUUGAGCUGUUGUGGGAGCAGCUUGACCGUAUGGUACGUAAGAAGUACCCAUCAAGCCAAUCCAACUUGUGGGAGGUGCUUCAGGAAGCAUGGGGUGAAAUCUCUUCAGAUUACCUCAACAAAUUGACAACUAGAAUGCCAAAGGUCUGCAAGGCUGUAAUUGCUGCAAAUGGAGGAUUCUUUGACGAAAGCAAAGUUUGAAGGACACAAUUAUUAUUUCAAUUAAAUCAUUAUUCCUAACCUUGUCAAUGACUACAUUUCCUAUGCAUUUUGCUAUAUUUCCUAUUCUAACUCAUUUAAUGUAUGUUUUCAUGGAAAACAAGGACAUUUCUAAGUGACCCCAAACAUUUGAACGGCAGUUAUGUGUGUGUGUGUGUAUGUAUAUAUAUAUAUAUAUAUAUAUGGUGUGGGGUGGCAUUUCUUUGGGGGGCCGCACAGCCCUCCAUGUGCUCGCCAGAGGUAGCCUGACUGCCAUUAGGUACCGAGAUGAGAUCCUCAGACCACUUGUGAGACCAUAUGCUGGUGCGGUUGGCCCUGGGUUCCUCCUAAUGCAAGACAAUGCUAGACCUCAUGUGGCUGGAGUGUGUCAGCAGUUCCUGCAAGAGGAAGGCAUUGAUGCUAUGGACUGGCCCGCCCGUUCCCCAGACCUGAAUCCAAUUGAGCACAUCUGGGACAUCAUGUCUCGCUCCAUCCACCAACGCCACGUUGCACCACAGACUGUCCAGGAGUUGGCGGAUGCUUUAGUCCAGGUCUGGAAGGAGAUCCCUCAGGAGACCAUCCGCCACCUCAUCAGGAGCAUGCCCAGGCGUUGUAGGGAGGUCAUACAGGCACGUGGAGGCCACACACACUACUGAGCCUCAUUUUGACUUGUUUUAAGGACAUUACAUCAAAGUUGGAUCAGCCUGUAGUGUGGUUUUCCACUUUAAUUUUGAGGGUGACUCCAAAUCCAGACCUCCAUGGGUUGAUACAUUUGAUUUCCAUUGAUAAUUUUGGUGUGAUUUUGUUGUCAGCACAUUCAACUAUGUAAAGAAAAAAGUAUUUAAUAAGAUUAUUUCAUUCAUUCAGAUCUAGGAUGUGUUAUUUUAGUGUUCCCUUAAUUUUUUUGAGCAGUGUAUAUUAUAUAUAAUAAUUAUUAUUUAUUUUUUUACUGGGUGGGAAACAAACUCAAUAUACUUUAAAAUGACUAAAACCAAAUAGAAACGGUGUAAAAAUUAUAAGGGACCUACAUUCAUCUCCAGCUCACUAAUAAUCACCUAAAUUAAAGCUAGAUGGAUAUUGGACAAUUCUUUGCUAAUUCUAACGGCGAGGAAAUACAACACAUUUUCAGUGCGGCCCUCCGGACCUCGUUGAAGAACGAAUGCAGCCCCUGUGUCAAAAUGAGUUUGACACUCCUAAAUUAAUCAUGUGAUUUUUAUUUAUUGAGAUGGUGUAUAUGGUUAUGCAAUUAAUAUAUUCCAAUAUAUAAUAUCAUAUGUUUUCUUCCAGGUGCUUCCAGACGAACACUCCAGGGACAUGUGCCUGCGCUUCGCUGACAUGGAGAGCAAACUGGGCGAGAUCGACCGGGCCAGAGCCAUCUACUCCUACUGCUCCCAGAUCUGUGACCCCAGGGUGAGCCCUCACACUCUGACCCAUGGUCCUGUUCAUUAGUGCAUACUAGAGCUGGGGAAUAUGGACAAAAAUCCGUAUUGGCGGCAGGUAACUUAGUGGGUAAGAGCGUUGUGCCAGUACCCGAAAGGUCGCUGGUUAUAAUCCCCGAGCGACGAGUGAAAAAUCUGUCGGAUCGCUGCCUUUGAGCAAGGCACCACUUAACCCUAAUUGUCUGUAAGUCGCUAUGGAUUAAGACGUCUGCUAAAGGACUAAAAUGUAAGGUUAAAAAUGUAUUGGCAAAAAAUUGCCUGAAUUGAUGCGAUAAACAAUAAACAGAGCGAUACAUUUAUAACAUUUUAAUGUGCUACCACUAGUUUGAUGGUUGUAGCCAUCAAUUGUCCCAUUAACAAUCACUCAGCAAACGUAUUUCAUUUCAAACUUCACAGGCUACUUAUUGUAAUUAAUGAUAUAAGCAAAAUGCCUGCGAUAAGUUAUUGGAAUGGUCGGUGUCGAUCAUUUCUGGUUUAUCGUCCCAGCUGUAACGCACACUGUAGGAAAACGUUAUUGAACGGAAAACGAGCUGUUCUUAUUGGACAAUCCACGUAGUCCUUCCCUGUUUCAGUUCGUUUUCCUCAAUUUGGUGGAAACACAGGUUCGUGUUCAGUAGCGAUAAAACGUUUUACUCCCUGUGUGUGUGUUUGCUUCAGAUGACGGCCACGUUCUGGCAGACAUGGAAGGAGUUUGAGAUCCGCCACGGGAACGAAGACACGAUCCGUGAGAUGCUGAGGAUCAAGCGCAGCGUCCAGGCCACGUACAACACACAGGUCAACUUCAUGUCCUCACAGAUGAUGAAGGCCACUACCAACGCCACCGGCACCAGUAAGAACGUACACACGCGCAUGCAUACAAACACACACACACACACACCUUCCCACACCUUCGGUCUCUAAUGAUGACACACAACCUUGUUAUCAAGCAUGAUAUGUUUUUCCUAUAAAAGAUUGAUUAAUCUCCCAUGUUGAUUCGAACAUGAUUUUGAAGUGUCAUGCUUACAGCUGUAGAUGUUUUUCAUGAAAAACACAAUCCAGAUGGGGGUAGGUUAGGGCUAAUUCAGGGUUAGGGUGUACCUCUGUAUCUAACGCUCUUCUUCUAUGUGUGUGCAGUCUCAGACCUUGCCCCGGGCCAGAUGGGGCUGGAUGAUAUGAAGCUGUUGGAGCAGCAGGCCCAACAGCUGGCCGCCGAGGCUGAACAGGACAAACCCAAACUCAAAGAGAAGAUCCUCUUCGUCAGGUCUGUCAUUCACCCAUCCACCCACACAUUUAGCAUCCUUUCCACUGACCUCUGAAAAACCCAACUGCAGACCAGGGCCCGAAUCCACAAAGCGUCUCAGAAUAGGAGUACUGAUGUAGGAUUUUAAAUCAUAAUGAAUAAGAUGAUAUGGACAGAUCCUAGAUCAGCACUCCUGCUUUGAGACGCUUUGUGGAUACGGGCCCAGGAAGUGGCCAGCCAUUUAAUAUAAACACAACGAUGCAGAAAUACUGGUCUUAACCACUGUGUAUCAUUGUGAAUCUGUUUGUUUAGGAGUGACACGUCUCGCAGCGAGCUGGCUGAACUGGCCAAACAAGCCAACCCUGAUGAGAUUGAUAUUGAUGAUGAGGAUGGUGAUGGUGAUGAUGAAGACCAGGGCCCAGAGGGUAAGUUACAACACCACCGGGGGGGGGGCUGUUCAGGAGGGAGCAACGCUAUAGAAGAUUCACAUAGAAAUGGACUGUGUAGAUACAGAAGGUUAUUCUGUCAUAGAAUAUAGAAACAUUGCCAACUCUAUACAUUACAUUUCUAUCUGCAAUGUUUUGAAUGUUUCACUUGAUUGAAUAUGUUCCAGCUGUUUUCUUGAAAAUCCUAAUAAUAAUAAAUACAAAAUAAAUAUCUAUACAGUACCAGUCAAAAGUUUGGACACACCUACUCAUUCAAGGGUUUUUCUUUAUUUUCACUAUUUUCUACAUUGUAGAAUAAUAGUGAAGACAUCAAAACUAUGAAAUAACACAUGGAAUCAUGUAGUAACCAAAAACGUGUUAAAUAUAUUUUAUAUUCUUCAAAUAGCCACCCUUUGCUUUGAUGACAGCUUUGCACACUCUUGGCAUUCUCUCGACAAGCUUCACCAGGAAUGCUUUUCCAACAGUCUUGAAGGAGUUCCCACAUAUGCUGAACACUUGUUGGCUGCUUUUCUUUCACUCUGCGGUCCGACUCAUCCCAAACCAUCUAAAUUGGGUUGAGGUCGGGGGAUUGUGGAGGCCAGGUCAUCUGAUGCAGAACUCCAUCACUCUCCUUCUUGGUAAAAUAGCCCUUACACAGCCUGGAGGUGUGUUGGGUCAUUGUCCUGUUGAAAAAUAAAUGAUAGUCCCACUAAGCCCAAACCAGAUGGGAUGGCGUAUCGCUGCAGAAUGCUGUGGUAGCCUUGCUGGUUAAUUUUUUUUUUAUAUAUAUACACACACACACAAAGGUAUGUGGACACCCCUUCAAAUUAGUGGAUUUGGUUAUUUCAGCCACACCCGUUGCUGACAGGUGUAUAAAAUCAAGCAUACAGCCAUGCAAUCUCCAUAGACAAACUUUGGCAGUAGAAUGGCUUUACUGAAAAUCUCUGACUUUCAACGUGACACUGUCAUAGGAUGCCACCUUUCCAACAAGUCAGUUUGUCAAAUUUCUGCCCAGCUAGAGCUGCCCGUUCAAUUGUAAGUGCUGUUAUUGUGAAGUGGAAUCGUCUAGAAGCAACAACGGCUCAGCCGCAAAGUGCUAGGCCACACAAGCACACAGAACGGGACCGCCAAGUGCUGAUGCGUGUAGCGCUUAAAAAUGUGUCUGUCCUCAGUUGCAACACUCACUACCGAGUUCCAAACUGCCUCUGGAAGCAACGUCAGCACAAGAACUGUUUGUCGGGAGCUUAAUGAUCACCAUUUUCAAUGCCAAGCGUCGGCUGGAGUGGUGUAAAGCUCGCCGCCAUUGAACUCUGGAGCAGUGGAAAUGCAUUCUCUGGAGUGAUGAAUCACGCUUCACCAUUUGGCAGUUCGACGGACGAAUCUGGGUUUGGCGGGUGCCAGGAGAACGCUACCUGCCCCAAUGCAUAGUGCCAACUGUAAAGGUUGGUGGAGGAGGAAUAAUGGUCUGGGGCUGUUUUUCAUGGUUCGGGCUAGGCCCCUUGGUUCCAGUGAAGGGAAAUCUUAACGCUACAGCAUACAAUGACAUUCUAGACAAUUCUGUGCUUCCAAUGUUGUGUCAACAGUUUGGGGAAGGCCCUUUCCUGUUUCAGCAUUACAAUGCCCUCGUGCACAUAGCAAGGUCCAUACAGAAAUGGUUUGUCGAGAUCGGUGUGGAAGCACUUGACUGGCCUGCACAGAGCCCUGACCUCAACCCCAUCGAACACCUUUGGGAUUAAUUGGAACAGCGACUGCGAGCCAGGCCUAAUCGCCCAACAUCAGUGUUCGCAGCAAUGUUCCAACAUCUAGUGGAGAGCCUUCCCAGAAGAGUAGAGGCUGUUAUAGCAGCAGAGGGGGGACCCACUCCAUAUUAAUGCCCACGAUUUUGGAAUGAGAUGUUUGACGAGCCGGUGUCCACAUACUUUGAGAGAGCGAGAGAUGCCUUGCAGCACAGCAUGAUGGCUGCAACAAGCCUGUGACCUGUUUACUUAGAGUGGUGUCUGUGUCCAAAAUGGCACCCUAUCCCCUAUAUAGUGCACUACUUUUGAACUGGUCAAAGGUGGAUAGGGGGCCAUUUGAGACGCAGCCAUGGUGUUCAUGUAAAUGUGUGUUUUUGAUUAUGUUUGUCUCUCUCUACAGAGGUGCAGCUGGAACAGAAGAGCGUCCCCACUGCUGUCUUUGGAGGGCUGAAAGAAGGGGAAGAUUGAAUACAGGAUGAUAUCUGUCCCACAGAUGUGACAUCACAGAUGAGCUCCCUGGUCCACUGA